UUUUUAGACAAUUUAAUACGAAUAUACAUGAUUUGAGAUAAUUUUAAAUGUCCCAUUUCUUGCUACUUAAACAGGCGAUUAAUUCACAGCGUAUUAAGUUAAAAAAUCGUUCACUAUGAAGCUGCUUUUCAUAGUUUUACCGUCACUUUUUCUUGUGACUGUUAGAGGGGCGUAUCUAUGUGGGAUGAACCAAUACUGGAACAGGUGUGCCUCUGGCUGUUAUUCUGAACCCACGUGUGAAAAUCUUCCGGGUGGAUUGGUGGUUCCAGGAGAAAUUUGUCAGGGCCUUUGCGUUGAAAAGUGCUCUUGUGAAGAUGGAUAUGUUUGGCAUAAUGGACAAUGUAUCACGCCACUGCAGUGCCCGGUUAAUGAGUGUGCAGAUACAGUGCUUUAUUCGUGUGGCAUAGGGGGAUAUUUUGACCCAUGUACCUCCGGAUGUAAUCCACCUCCAACAUGCGCCGAUCCGUUUCCAGCACCUUUACCUCCAGAUAGCCUUUGCGUUGCUGAUUGUGUACCAGGUUGUUCUUGUUAUCCCGGUUAUUAUUUGCAGAAUGGCGUAUGCGUAGACUGGUCAUUUUGUUAGUUAAAAUAUAUUUAAUUAUUAAACUUAAUUUAAACUUAAAUUAAAUAAAAUUAAAUUAGAGUUGAACGGCAUACCGAAGCAAUACAAUAAUUUUGUGGUUUCUAAGGUUUCUCUGUGUUUUUUAAGUUGGUUGGAACAUACAUUACAGACACUCAAUUGGAUGACGACGAAUAUAUGCUUGAAUAUACAUCUAAUAUCUGAAACACUAUGUAACCGCGCUAUCAUGCUGGCUGCAAUAUAAAUAGAAAAAUAAGGAA